AUGGACUUAGAGCAAACAAUUGGUUUACUUGGUUCUUUAUUAGCAUCCAGGCAAGUUAAUACUAAAAAAUUUAAUGGAGAUGCACAGGUUGUUGACACGGUUUCAGGCAACACCGAAAGAAUAAACGGUAUAAUUAACAUUAUUCAAAGGAUUGUCGAUAGAAAUGGACAACAAAGAUCACCAAAUAACGAGAAAAAUGAUCAACAGCUUAAAAAAUUAAGAGAAAUUGGUAGUAGGAUUCUUUUUGAGGAAGAAAAUAGGAAAAGAUAUAAUGAUGAGACAGGUGCCAGAAUUACAAAACUUGAUCAAGAGUUGAAACGAAUUACCAGAGUACUUAGCAAUGAAAGGUUGGCAUUUGCAGCUUUUAAUGAUACAACAAGUGGUAGAAUCGAUCGUUACAAACAGGAAUUGAUACAAAUUUCAGAAAAAAUAGAAAAAAAAAGUUCGGAUGAUGAAGAAUAUGCAAGAGUUGUCCAAUAUCUCGAGGAUGAAAAGCUUGCUAUACAAUUACAGAGUAACGAGGAAGUUAAUAUGCAUCAUAAUACCGAGAGAUUGUUUGUUAAUCAAGAGUUCAUUGCACCGCCAUACCAUAGGAAUAGUAGUUAUGAUGAUGAAAAUGAUAAAAAAACUCUUCAAUUACUUGCUGAUGAGGAAUUGGCUAGACAAUUACAUGAUAGUGAAAAUGGUGGAGGCGGUGGUGCAAAUUCAUCGCGGUCAUCAAGGAAUAAUGCUGAUGCUGCUAUGGGUGUAAUACUAUCUUGCUCGCACGGGUUUUGCUUUUUAUGUAUAUCAAAAUAUGUUAAUGUAGAAAUUCAAGGGGAUAAUAUUAAAUUUCCAAUUUUGUGUCCAGUUAAAUCAGCCACAUGUCAAAAAGAUGGGAUUUCAGAAGGAAUUAUUGAACAAGCUUUAAGUAGGGAAGACCUUGAAAAAUACUAUCGAAAGAUGGCAGAAAUGGCAAUUGGUGAUAAGAAGGUUUCUCCUUGGCAUAAUGGUUUCACCUGUAAAGAAUAUCAAGCUUUACCUGCUGAUCAAAGAUCGCCUGAAGAUUUAGAUGUCAUUAAUUUAGUAAAAAAGGAAGGGUGGAAACGGUGCCCAAGAUGUAAUUUUUUGAUUCAGAAAAAUGGUGGAUGUAAUCACAUGACUUGCAAAUGUAAAGCACAAUUGUAA